UUUUCAAAGCCGAAACGCAUUUAAAUCUUGAUAUAAAUAAUAGUUUUUACACUUCAUUCAACAUCAUUAUCUUAUCAGUGUUUUCAAUAAGAUGAAAUUCUACGCUUUGUUUAUUUUAGUCUUGGCUUUAAUAGCUUGUGCUUUGGGCAAUCCAAAUCCCAAUCCUAGACCAAAUCCUAGACCCUUAGGUGGUGGAGGAGGAGGUGGCGGUGGUGGCGGUUCUAAUGGAGGUGGUGGUGGCGGAGGCGGCGGUGGUGGAAAGUAAAAUGUAUUCCUAAGGGAUUUAUUAAAUAAGGAUAUUUAUAACCAUCGUUUUAAGUGUUCGUUAAAGUUAAAAAAAUGAAAUAAAGUUUAGUAAUUGAAAAAAAUUACAUUUAA